GAAAGAGUGACAAAUAAUCAGAAGAAAGUGACGAAUGAUCUGAAAUGUUAUAAAAUUGCAGGCUUUCUAGCACAAAUUCUUUUGGUAAACAUGUGAUAACUUCAAGAUUGUAAUUUUUUUUUUUUUUUUUGGCAUCUCAAUAAUUCAACGUAGGUCCCCUGGUAGUUGCUAACGUGUGCCGCCACGUCAUUUCUUCCCCUAAACCAUCACCCACUGUCAUUGACAUUGACUUGCUAAUACACCCAGGACUCAUUUUAGACUCUUUCAAGGGCUCUCGUUAACAGACAGAUCAAAGAGCAUCAACGGUAUUAUGAAGAGGUAGUUGAAAAGGGUAAUGAAAAUUCUUCUUUGGCUGAUCCAUUUCCUUCCCAAGAAUUAUCAAAACCCCAUCAAGAUUUUGCUCUCAGGUAGCUAAACAAAGAAUUGAGCCAUGGGAACGAAUGGCUUCAAUGUUGAUGAUAAAUAUAUGUAUAUGGGCAAUCCAGAGUCAAAUACAGUUCAUGAAGAGGCCUCGUCAAAUGGAGAGGGCAUCCAUGAAAUGCAAAAUACCAUUUUAAACACAGUUGACUUGGACUUGGCAUAUUGUAAUGAAAAAUUGGUAAAUUUGCAUGUAAUUUUGAUGCUCCUUUUGGGUUGGGACAAUGGUCCUGGAGCAAUUAACUCAGCAAAUAGUGAUAUUUCAGCUCAGUUUAUUGAGAAGGCAUUGGCGUUUGAUCUUUUAUGUGGAAUUUUAGAUUCUGAGUUAAGGGAAGUGGAAACUGUCUUGGAUCCUGUUCAAGCUGAGAUUGUUGAUGCUCGUCAUAAAAUAUCUUCAUGCAGACAUUUGGGAACAGUAUUCAAUAAACUGGAAAAGAAGCUGCAUGAUUCUGAAGAAUCCAUGAAAAAGUGUCAAGAGCUUGUCUUGGAGUUGAAGAUGCAGUCAUCCAAGCUGCAGGGUUCCUCUUCAUAUUUCAGACAUGAUAACUGGAACAAUGACAAGGCCAUGGAUAUAUCUGAACAAUAUCAGCUAUCAAACAUCAUUGGAAAAUCAAAAGUACUGGAUGUUAAACAACAAAGACAUAUUCUAAGGAUGCUUGAAAAAUCACUUGCAAGGGAGCUAGAUCUUGAAAAGGAAUUAUCAGAGUCGGGUCAAAGCCAAGAACAAUUAAAACUGAAGCUACAUUAUACUGAACAAGUAGCUGUUCGCAUGGAAGAGGCAGCAGAAGUUGUUUGGGGAAGGUUUCUAGAGGCAGAAAAUGCUGCUGAGGUGCGCAUGGGAAUUGCAAAGGAACUGGUAGGUCGACUUCAGAUUGUACAGUUUAACCUGAAUGGUUCAAUUCAACGAGAAGCGGAGCUCAAAUAUAAACUCGAAGGUUGCAUUGAAGAGUUAAAUACCAAAGAUAUUGCAUUAAAAAGGCUUGAGAGCAGCAAUGCAGAACAUGCUGCAAAAGCUUCAGAAGUAUUCACUUUGAGGAAGAAGGUGAAAUUACUCGAGGAACAGGUAAAAGAAUCUGAGCUACAGCUGAAGAGCGCAAAUGCCACCAAUGAAACAAGUCAAGAGCAUCUUCAUGAAAUGGAAAUCUUUAUUGAUUCACUGAAAGAAAGGAUUUAUGAAGCAGAAAGUAGGGCUGAAAGUGCAGAAGCCAAAGUUACAGAGUUAACAGAUGCAAACUUGGAACUUACUGAAGAGUUGAAUUUUCUUAAAGGUAAUAAUGAUAAUAACACAAAGAAGGUGACCUCACUUGAGAAACAGUUGAGAGAAUCGGAGAUUCAACUACAGCAUGCAAAAGCAUCUUCUGAAGCAAGUCAGGAGCAGCAGAACAUGCUUUACUCAGCAAUUUGGGAUAUGGAAACUUUAAUUGAAGAUCUAAAAUCAAAGGUUUCAAAAGCUGAAAGUAAGACUGAGAGUGUGGAGGAGCAAUGCAUUAUAUUGUCUGAAUCUAACUUUGAACUUAAUAACGAGCUAGGCAUCCUGAGGCAUAAAAUUGAAUGCUUAGAGACAUCUUUGGACAAAGCUAACACUGAAAAAGAUGCAAAUGCAAAAGAAAUAAAUUACAGGACAAAGGUAAUCACAGAUAUGGUUACCCAACUAGCUACAGAAAGGGAACGCAUUCAAAAGCAGCUAUUGUCACUAGUAAAGGAGAAGGAAAUAUUGGUGAAAAAGUUACAAAAUACAGAGAAAACUGACUCUACAUCGGUCUACAACUCUGGAGAUGAUGAAUGCGGAGAGAUAUCUGUUUCCAAGAGUGGUUCAAUUAAAGCUACCUGCACAGAAACAUUCAAGAAAGCAGUUCUCUCAGCCACAAGUGUACAGACAGGUACUCUUCAGGUUUUUCUCUAGUUGAUGCAAAUGCAGUCAAAGAUGUGGGUCAAGCAUGUAAUCAGGAAGAGUAUAUUUCAUCUGUAUCCACUUUUGAGGCACACAUUAUAUGCAAAGUAAUUUAUCUAACAUCCUAAUGUUGUUAGCAUUGGUUCUUUGUAUGUUGGACUCCAAUUACCCCUCUGCCCUCUCUAACCAUAAAAUUGUGAAUGCACUUAUAUGACCAUGUUGGUUGAUUGGGAGUGUCUCAUGAUAUGAAAGUCAUAUUGUAGUUUCAGUUAUUAUUACACAUUUCAACUGAAUGCUCAUCUCACCUUUUGUGCCAAUAUUUAUUAUUACUGUAAGGGUUCAUGGAGCAUUGAUAAGAUUUGAUGGAUAUGCCUCGAGUGAUAGUGUUUUUCUUAGCAAGUCAUCCUAAAUGAUAUUGAACAAGAACAUCAUUCAGAGAAUUAUGCUGCACACUGAUGAAGAUUUUGAGUCAGCUUUUAUGUUGAAUAUAAUGGUCAUAUAUACAUAAAAUUAAAAACCAUAAUUCAUUUGAAUCAUCUCUACUUUUCCUUCUGAAACAGGUGGAUGAACAAUCAAAAUAUGCAUCUCUUUGUAUGACUGCAGUUGGUCCCGGUGGUGGCACUGGCAAAGUUUCAAGGGUGGAAAUUGCGAAAAAAGGAAAACAGGCCACCUCAAGCUGCUAUACAUUUUGAUAGCAAUUCUUAUUGCACUAUUUUCUGCAUUAACUGUAUAUUUGUUGAGUGAGAAACCUGCCUUCUUUGAUUCUUUUUGAUGGCCACUGAAAUUCUGUUUUGCUGGCGCCCAUUUUGCCCUAUGAUGUAUAUUUCUUGCUAUUUUGGAUUGAUGAGUGCACAUUCAUUACCAUAUCAUGCAACAAAGUGAAUUAUCCUUUACUUGUCAUGUAUCAGGUUUGAGAAUGGGGAUAAGUCUCCUACCAUUAUAAUUUGGAUCUUUCUGACUAUUUCAUGUUUAAACAAGAAAAGACAGCA